AAUAGAAGAUGAGUCACUGUUGAUGAGUCGCUGGGACCCACGCAAGACACUGCGCAUGCGUGAAGUGUCUGACAGUGGUCCAUCUUAUGAUUCGUAGACGAUCUUCGGAUGGGAGACAUGGCGUCAGACAACGGACUGGCCGCUCUGGGUGCGGAGGGAGCUGCAGCAGCUGCACAUGCUCUGUCUCUGCCUGCAGAGGCUUAUGGGAAUGAUCCGCGGCUCGAGGUCAUGUGGGCAAUGAAGGCCUACAACCACGCGGAGGUUUACUUCAAUCUCAUCUCGUCGGUGGAUCCAAAGUUCCUGAAGCUGACGAAGAUGGACGACAAAAUCUACUCGAGCUUCAGGGAAACCUUCAAAGACCUCGACAUAAAACUGCUCAACGCCGACGACCUUAAGUCUGAAAAGGCCAAAGAGACGUGGCGUCCAUUCUGUAACCAGUUCGAAGGACUCGUCGAAGACUUCAACUAUGGCACGCUGCUGCGACUGGACUGCGAGAGGGACUACACGGAGGAAAACACCAUCUUUGCCACCAGGGUUCAGUUCUUCGCGAUUGAGAUCGCCAGGAACAGAGAGGGUUACAACAAUGUUGUGUUCAAGUCCAAAAGUUCAAAAAGCUAACCUGCAGUCAGGAUCCCGGCCCUGCAGACCGUCAGAGUGGAGCCGACGUCUCCGAGGCUUCGCUCGUUAUUCCAGAAAAGUUUCCAUCAGUGUUUAUUUUGAUGUCCGACAUUAAAACUUUUGAUCGGAUCAGAACCGUUUCUACAAACCAGAACAGCACCGAAGUCUUUGUCACCAACGCUACCUGACCUGUUUGAAAGUGUUCUUCACAGUUCCUGAACAUUUAAAAUCGAUGUAAUGAACACAAUGAAUUUUGUAUUUACUGUAAAGUUUCAAGUUUUUUGUGCCAAUCACAAGUGGUUAUUUUAUUUUGUAAUAACAGAAAUGUAUCUGUCUGACCCAAUAAAACCUGAGCUUCAUUUCACCGCC